AUGCAGGAGCCGCAGGUUAUUCUUAGUGACUCGCUUGGGGACCGGAGGGUUCGCAGAUCGGAAAACGGCGGAGCCACGGAACUUUCGUCCGCAGGGCAGCCGCUCGACGGGGGCUUAGGGGAAACAGCGCAGAGCGGAGGCCCCUUGGCGGUGGGAGUGGCGCAGCAACUUCACCAGCACCAGAGAAGGAGAGGGACUGCAGGCGGGGAGAGAACACCAGGCGGAAAGGAGAAGCGGACGCCGAAGGCGAAUACAACGUACAUACAUCCCGACUUCUUGUCCGCGGCCGAUAAGCUCCCGCCGCCGGAGAAGGGGAAGUCGAAGUCGUCUAGUCAGAAGAAGGGUGGGGGAAAGGGAGUAGAGCAGAAAGAUCCGCGUAGGCAGAAGGUGGAGUCCGCACGGGCGAAACGCAUGGCGGAUGUUUUCCGCAUGUGCGGGGCGCUUCUAAAGCGAAUCAUGUCGCACAGGUUCUCGUGGGUUUUCAAUGUCCCUGUAGACGCGGAGAAGCUCAAGUUACACGAUUACCACACCGUUAUCAAGAAUCCUAUGGAUCUGGGCACUAUCAACACGAGAUUAAAGGCGUCGGGUUACCAGCAUCCCGACGAGCUCCACAACGACGUGCUGCUCGUUUGGUCCAACGCCAUGACUUACAACGGGGAAGGCAAUGACGUGUAUCACAUGGCGGCGGAGCUGAAAAACAUGUUCGAGCAAGGGUACCAGAAAGUUCAGCAGAAGCUGGACGAGGAUGCGGUGAAGAGGCGACAGGAGGACGAGUUGCUGGCAGCGGGAGGGGGUCUACCAGAUCCCAGGGACAAGUCGGAAGUGUUAGAGUUGGAGAAGCGGUUACAGAAGUUAGAGUCGCAGCUAGUGGCGAGCACUAAGGCGCAGCAGCAGCAAGGGAAAGCCAAGGGGGGUCAGGCUAAGCCGCGAGCGGCUGAUACGAAGAAGAGGGACAUGACGUUUGCAGAGAAGCAGAAGUUGAGUGUUAACCUGGGGAAGCUUCCUCCGGAGAAGCUAGACAGGAUCGUGCAAAUCAUAUCGGAGCGCAAUCCUGAUUUGAGUCAGAACGCGGAUGAGAUCGAGCUUGACAUUGACUCGCUGGACAGUGAGACGCUGUGGGAGCUGGAGAGAUACGUGGCCAACUGCAUGAAGAGCAAGAGCAAGCGGAAGAAGCUCCCUCUUUACGACACCGUGCAACCCAAGGGCGUGGAUGCGUUCCCAGCAAGCUCAGCAGGAGACCUUAAAGAAGGUGAAGACAGCAUUGACAUUGGGGACGAAGGGCCUUUGCCCGCGCAGCCAGCAGGCCCCUCUAGGCCGGAGCCGUCAAGGGCGUCAGCAGGGAACGGAGCACAAGGCGGAGGAGCUGUCUCUGACUCUUCUGGCUCAUCAGGGUCAAGUGAUGAUAGUUUCUCAAGUGAAAGCGACUCUGGGAGCGAUUCUUCCAGCAGCGACUCAGAUGAAAUUCAGUCAAGAGAUGCUGGCUCAGAGGCCUCCCCUGACAAGGUUGGUGGAGCACCCCGCUUGUAA